CGUGAACCCAGGAGACGGAGUUUGCAGUGAGCCAAGAUCGCACCACUGCACUCCAGCCUGGGUGACAAAGCAAGACUCCAUCUCAAAAAAAAAAAAAAAAAAAAAAAAAAAAAAAAAAAAAAAAAAAAUGGAAACCAGAAAUCAGAUGUUUAUGCCCAAGAAAAGCAGCAUUUCGUUCAGCACUACUCCCAGAUCGUUAGGGUGCUGACUGAGGAUGAGAUGGGGCACCCAGAGACAGGAGAUGCUAUUGCCCGGCUCAAGGAGGUCCUGGAGUACAAUGCCAUUGGAGGCAAGUAUCACUGAGGUUUGAUGGUGCUAGUAGCAUUCCGGGAGCUGGUGGAGCCAAGGAAACAGGAUGCUGAUAAGUCUCCAGCAGGCCCUGACUGUGGGCUGGUAUGUAGAACUGCUGCAAGCUUUCUUCCUAGUGGCAGAUGACAUUAUGGAUUCAUCCCUUACCUGCCAGGGACAGAUCUGGUAUCAGAAGCCAGGCGUGGGUUUGGAUGCCAUCAAUGAUGCUAUCCUUCUGGAAGCAUGUAUCUACUGCCUGCUGAAGCCGUAUUGCCGGGAGCAGCCCUAUUACCUGAACCUGAUGGAGCUCUUCCUGCAGAGUUCCUAUCAGACUGAGAUUGGGCAGACCCUGGACCUCAUCACAGCCCCCCAGGGCAAUGUGGAUCUCGGCAGAUGCACCGAAAAAAGGCACAAAUCUAUUGUCAAGUACAAGACAGCUUUGUACUCCUUCUACCUUCCUGUAGCUGCAGCCAUGUACAUGGCAAGAAUGGAUGAUAAGAAGGAGCACGCCAGUGCCAAGAAGAUCCUGCUGGAGAUGGAAGAGUUCUUUCAGAUUCAGGAUGAUUACCUUGACCUCUUUGGGGACCCCAGUGUGACUGGCAGAGUUGGCACUGACUUCCAGGACAACAAAUGCAGCUGGCUGGUGGUUCAGUGUCUGCUACGGGCCACUCCGGAACAGUACCAGAUCCUGAAGGAAAAUUACAGGCAGAAGGAGGCCGAGAAGAUGGCCCGGGUGAAGGCACUAUACAAGGAGCUGGAUCUGCCGGCUGUGUUCUUGCAGUAUGAGGAAGACAGUUACAGCCACGUUAUGGGUCUCAUCGAAUAGUACACAGAGCCCCUGCCCCCAGCCAUCUUUCUGGGGCUUGUGCACAAGAUCUACAAGUGGAAAAAGUGACCUAGAGACUGCAAGGGCGGGGAGA